AUGGAAGCAAACGACGAGACUCUCGACAUCCAAGCCCAAGUUCUGCAGACAACCCUCCAGGAGAUCACUGCAACGCGACGGGCGAGUGCCGCCAGUGAGAAAGAUGGCGACGGCGAGAACGACGAGGUAGCGGCGGCAGACGACUGCUGUGUCAUCUGUCUGGAUUCGAUAUCAGAAGCUUGCACUGCUAUGCCGUGCGGGCAUUCAUAUUUUGACUUUGUAUGUCUUGUGAGCUGGCUUCAAGAACACCCAAACUGCCCACUAUGCAAGGCCGCCAUCUACAAGGUCCGAUACGUCGACUCGGCCUCGAAUGAGAACUUUUACCGAGUACCUAAUGCCCCGAGGCCGCGGAAUAAGGACCAAAACAGAGGGGACGGGGCCCAAUCGGGAAACCCUGCACUAUCAAACCUCCUUCGGCAGCGACGUAACGAACAGCGCCGAAGACGAGAUCACGACUCUAACACGCAUAGCACACCCACCCCAGGUGAAGCUAUCGAACGCCGCCGACACAUAUACCGGCACCAGCUAUACUCUUUACACGUCGGCUCAAACCGCAUUUCCGGAUACAAACCAACACCAACGCCUGAGCAGUUCGCCACUACACCACACUUAAUAACCCGUGCCCGUCUCUGGAUACGACGCGAACUACAAGUUUUUGCCUUCCUCUCCGACCCCGAGCCCGCUGCUGGCCCCAGUAGCGGUGCGAGUAGCGCCUCCGAACGCGAAGUUGCCCGCCGUCGAAAUAACGCCGAAUUCCUCCUCGAGUAUAUCAUAGCCAUUCUGAAAACGGUCGACAUACAAGGCAGCGCUGGCCAAGCAGAAGAUAUGUUAGCUGACUUCCUGGGACGAGAUCAUGCACGCUUAUUUCUGCAUGAACUGAGGAGCUGGCUGAGAAGUCCGGCGCACUCGCUGGUGGCAUGGGAUAAGGAGGUGAAAUAUCCUACAGUUUCAAGCGCUGAGGAAACCAGUAGGAAACGGAAGGCGCAAGAGUCCUUGGACGUAGAGGAUGAGGAGCAUGAUGAAAUGAGGUGGCUUGCCUCUAGAUCUGAAAGGAGUCAGACGUCAAGAAUGCUGGUACGCGACAAUGACCGUCGGCAAUUGGGCCAUGAAAGGAUAUGGAGGCGAAGAAACUUCGAAGGACAUCCUUGGGGGGACGGACACCCGGAAAGCGACCGCCAACGGCCAGGUUGA